AUGUUGACGUUGGUAUUUUGGUGUUUCAUGCUGGUUGCCAUCACUUCAUCAGUUUCAGAUUGUUAUCAUGUGACUGUCACAAUGCAACCUACACUUACUGUAACUGAUGGAACAUCUACUAGCAUUACAUGUAACUACGGUAUCCCGAUGAGACAUACACAUUCCGCCGCCUCACCUGGCGCGAACAAUCAUAAAAUCUAUCAAUGUUUUGUUCAAGUCAUUGUCAGUAAGAUUACUGAUGAAAGGUCACGGAAGUACAGUCAAAGCAAAACACAACUGCUUGUAAACGUUCUCCCAUCUAGUAUCACUCUAUCGGACUCGACGGAAAAUGUGUACGCUUCAUCUGAUGGUAUUUCCCAUCUGGUAAAAGGAGAGGAAGAUACUUCCUAUCUGGUAGAAGGAGAAGUUCGAAAAUUUAACUGCUCAGUACCAAGCAUUAAUCCCGGGGCGUCAUUUAGUUGGCUGAUUGAUGGGCGUGGCCUGCCAGAAAUGACGUAUAGCAGCCAAGACGAUGUUGGUAUGGACGGUUUAACAACUAGUACAAGUGAGAUGUUGUUUACGGCAACUUGGUCCCAUCACGAUAAACUGCUAGAGUGUCAAGCUUUAAACAGUGAAGGACAUCCGGGUAUUUCCAUCAGUGUGAGACUUUAUGUUUAUGGUGAUGUGAAAAAUAUUACUGUUACGGUUGAUGGUGAACUGGCAAAUGCUGACACACCUGUUGUGGUUGCAGAAUCGGAUAGAGUGACACUUAAUUGCACUGCUUUGGGGGCCAGGCCUUCAGUAUCAGUUACUUGGUACGACAGCAAAACGUCUAAGAUCAUGAACAGUACCGAAACUACACGAGUGAACAGCAUUAAUGUGAACACAACUGAUACGAUUGGGGUGUUGAGUCUCUCCGGACGGGGAUGCAACGAGAGAUAUGAGCUCGAAUGCCGUGUUUCCGGCCAGCAAAUUCAUAACCACUACUCUCGACGCGUUACUUUGAGAGUACAAGAGGAUAGUGGGUCAUUCACCGGACCGAGUGACGUCACAGUCAUGACGAACGCCACAGUCAGUUUGUCAUGCAGAGCAGGACAUUGUGUACCAAUUAGCUUCUCUGCCUGGGUAAACAACAAUGUAAACUUUGCUGCGUUUCAAAGCAUCUUGCGAAAUGACGCAAAAUACGAUAAUUUUGAUAUUAACAGUACCGAUCGUUGCAUUGGUCAGAUGGAUCUCCUCGUCACCAAUGCACAGCCUGAGGAUGCAGGGAUCUACACGUGUCAGAUAAAUGGCGAUAUUCAAGAAGCAACACUGAACGUGGAAGUUGCUGUGAAGCGUAUCACAAUGUCUGUAAAUGGUGUGACAUCAUCCUCUGACGUGCCGAUUCAAGUGACGUCAUCCCCUGGAGCGCCUGCUUACGUGACUUCAUCAUAUGACCAGCCGAUUCACGUGAUGUCAUCCUCUGACGUGCCGGUUCACGUGACGUCAUCCUCUGAUGUGUCGGUUCACGUGACGUCAUCCUCUGACGUGCCGGUUCUUGUGACGUCACCUCCUGGUGACGCGCCUUUUUAUCUGAAUGGGUCUGCAGCAAACACGUUUGUCUGUACAGCCAUUGGAGCCAGACCAGGUGUCGACCUUCACUGGCACAUCGGAAACACCACCUACCAAGUAGAAGUACAGACUGUUCGACAAAGCACCGACGAUCGACACACAAUGGAUACAAUAAGCACGAUGAUAUUGUCUCCAAACAGUAUCCGUGACGGUGAAUAUCACGUGGUGUGUACGUCAUAUGGACAGGUUGUCGCCCCGUCGUUGGCUCUGUCCGUUGCAAUCAACGUAACUAACUAUGUGUCGCCAACAAGUCAAACAAAAGAGGAUGAUAAACAGGUAGAAAAUAUGUCAACAGAAAAUGUUGAGCAGCUGGGAACUUUGUCAACAGUGGUUGGUGAGCAGAUGGAGGAGAAUCCUAACUUAACUCGGAUUAUCACAUGGAUAGCAGGACCGCUGGUGGCGCUUUUGGCUGUGAUCUUGUUGAGCAUUUACGCGGGAAUGAAAAUAAGAACACGCACCAAACAGAGAGCAGUGACUACCGCAGUUUGUGCCAGUUCCACGGUAGAUGUUGGUGACGAUGACGGGACAUAUCUGGAACCAAAUAAAUUCAAAGAAGAGGACACUCUACAGAAAACCGGCAGCGAUACAUCUAUUGGCGAACUAGAGAAUGAACAUCCCAGUGAUAAUAUUCCUCUGAGGGAAACAGAUGGGCUUAGAGCCUAUGUGACUAAGAUACAUGAUCCAGCCGCCAGUCUCUCUCCGAGACUCUCCUUCAUCAACGAAUAUCACAACGUGGGCCCUAGCCUCAAAUUUCCAAGACAUCGAAUCUGGAUUGAAAAGGAACUUGGCAGAGGUGCCUUUGGGAGAGUUCUACAGGGGAUAGCUCUUGGGAUUGAUAGCUCAGAGGAACGUAAGAAAGUAGCUGUUAAAACUCUCAAAGAGGAUGCGGAUGAUUGUGCAAGAAGUGAACUUCUUGAAGAGUUGCGUCUCAUGAAGAAACUUGGCCCACAUCCGAACAUAAUCACAUUGCUUGGACACUGUACGAAGAUUGAUCCCAUUUAUGUUAUAGUGGAGUACAUGUCCAGAGGUGACUUGAAAACGUUACUAGGAUCCUGUAAAACAGCCGUGAUGGGUUCAGCGCCCACGGACCUUCCUGGCCUGAAGGAAAACCCUUCAAAGACAUUCGUCAAGUUUGCCAAAGAUGUGGCCAGUGGAAUGGAGUUUUUAUCUUCUCAAAAUUGUAUCCAUCGUGAUCUGGCUGCCCGCAACGUUCUGGUAAGUGAAGACAUGGUCUGUAAGGUGGCUGACUUUGGACUGGCCCGUGACGUCAUGAAUGUCCGCAUCUACCAGCGACAAUCACAGGGACCUCUGCCCAUUCGCUGGAUGGCCAUAGAAUCACUAGUCGAUGACGUGUUCACAACAAAGAGUGACGUAUGGUCUUUCGGGAUCCUGCUGUGGGAGAUCGUUACCUUUGGUGCCCGGCCAUAUCCACUUCUUGGGAUUCAGACGAUGUUGAGUAAGCUAAGAUCGGGGUACCGUAUGCCCAAACCAGCGUGCUGCAAGCAACAACUAUACUGUAUCAUGUUGAGUUGCUGGAAAAAAGAUCCACAGGAGCGGAGCAGUUUCACGGAAAUUUCGAAGGAGCUGGGGAAAUUGCACAGCGACUAUGAGGAAUACAUUCGUGUUGAUAAGUUGGCCGAGGUGAUCUACGACGACGUGGACGUACCAGACGAGAAGUUAUGAAAGAGAAAGACUUGUCACGGUCUUUA